GCACACGUGAGAAGAGCAUUAGGCUUAUCUUUGGCGUGCAGUCAGCGCAGCAUGAAGUGGCGGCGAUUUUUUUCUUUUUCUUUAGUUUCGGAACGAGACAGCUGGCAGCCGCAGUACGCAGUAGCGCUUGGGCGACUGGUAACAGAGAGGAACAAGUACACAAAAGAGCCAUAGCCAGUAAAAGAAACGCCCGGUCAUGGCAAGCAGGUUCAUAGCCCUCGUGUUUUUGCUGCUCUCAUUCCUGGCCGUUGCCUUCUCUGUCGAACCUGAGUGCCCACUACUGAAAUGUAGUGCUGGUAAUAAAGUGGCCUGUUUCAUCGAUGAAGAGCGUUGUCACUGUCGAUGUGUCUCUGACAGCGACCCCUGUGCGUCCUUGAUCAACCACCCCUGCCCUGAGGCUUAUACGCUCAGCUGUACAAGCGAGGCCAUCACCUGCAAGUGCCGAUGCGUUCUGAAAUGACGGACACCCGACAGCUGAUGGCUGAAGUGGGCACGACACGUGCCACUACAUUCGAGUCGCCUUCUUUGAUAUUCCUCCCUGGAUUGCGGUAAAGUAAACAUAAUGAUUAAAUAAAGGUUCUGGUAAUA